CUUGGAAAGCUUUUCACUGCAGUUGGUUCGCUCGCCAGAUGCAGUCGAAAAUCGCGAGAAAAAUCAAUUUUGAAAAUCGCAUUGUCGCGGAGUAUACCUCGUGAUUCCUCAUGAAGUGGGAAAACUAUUGUGACUUUGUGGCCGGAUGCUUCGGUGGUGCCUGUGGGGUGCUGGUGGCCCACCCCCUCGACACCAUCAAGGUGUGGCAACAGGCCUCCAACUCGUCUGUUUUCACGGCUAUCCACCAGAUCUACAAUCGGAAUAAUGGGAUCAACGGUUUUUACAGAGGAAUGUUCUUUCCAUUCAUCUCAACCGGAGCCAUCAACUCCCUGCUCUUUGGAAUAUAUGGAAACCACCUGCGCCAGUUAAGGAAGGUCUGCCACAGUGACUACCAGAGGGAGCAACUGGAGUACCACAACAUGUUCAUGGCAGGAUCAGUGGCCGGCUUCGUGCAGUCCUUCAUAGCCUGUCCCAUGGAGCUAAUAAAGGUUCGACUCCAGACUCAUUGCUACUAUAACGACUAUCUUUAUGGGCAACGGCGUACGGCAAUGGGAACUUUCAAAAGGAUACUCAAGACUGACGGAAUCUCUGGACUUUACCGCGGCCUCCUGCCCAUGAUGUGUCGGGAUGUCCUUCCUUAUGGAAUUUAUAUGCUGGCCUACCGCCAAUCCGUCGAUUACCUCGAUAAGCGGGACUUUGUUCGUCGCCGUCGCAGUCAGUCGGAUGGAUCGAGUGUGAAUCUCCUUGUGACCACACUGGCUGGAGCCUGGGCCGGAGUCAUCUCGUGGGUGUGCGUCAUUCCGUUCGAUGUGGUCAAGACACUGAUGCAGGCGGACGAGAACCACAAGUAUCGAGGCAUCUUUCACUGCGUCCGGGUUCAGUACAGAGCCUACGGCUGGAGAAGCAUCUUCCGGGGCAGUUGGAUGCUGUUAGCUCGAGCGAUUCCCUUCAACGGCGCCACGUUUCUGGGCUAUGAGUACGCCUUGGAGUGGUGUCAGCGGUGGAACGGUACAUAUGUAUGACAGGAAAAAUACCGGAGGAAGCCUACAACACCAGGUGAUUAAGAGCUUUAACUAGUUUUUAUUGAUAGUGAGCCCAAUUUGAUACAAUAAUAAAUUGUACACCUUUGCUAUGCCAUAUUGCACCAAAUUAUUUAUAAAAUGUGAUGUAACUAUAAAAAGCAAGCUUUCAUAUUUAAAAUUUAUUAACAAAGGUAAAGCUUAGUAUACUUUGAAUAUAAUGCUCACAAAAUAAAACACAAAAUAAUAUUUCCUAAAAUGUACCUAUAAAUUAAAAAUAUACAAUUAUAUUUGAAUUUAAUCGUUAUUUGGUAUAAGUGUGUAGAUUUUGUCAAAUUUUUGUAGAUUAUUUUAUAAGUAAAAGUUUUUUAUUUUGAAAAACGGUUGGAAAUUGGAUAAAUAACGAACCGGGUAAGCCCCGGGAAUGUGACCAGUGUUGGAAAUCUUUAAACUAACAGCUUUGUUGUUGUCACGAGUAGUAACUUUGUUUGUAAAACAGCCAGAAGCCCUGAAAGAAACCAUUAAGCUGAGCUUAAACGUAAAAAAUAGUUGCAAUAAGUAUAAUAAAGUAGCAAAAUAAUAUA